UCGGGAGGCACGUUCCAAGUUACAAGUUGGAUGGGAAAACUGAAGCGCCUGCUGUUUCUGACAUAUGCUCGGGGAUCUCAAGUAAAGUAUCCGACCACGGAGACAGGCAAAGGCUCUAGGGGGCCAUGUCUGGAGGCACCACUUCAAACAACAGCUGGACCAUCCUCACUUCUGAGGAAUCCGGCGCUGAAACCCUGAGGCCUUUUGCAGCAGGAACGGAGCAGCAUGAAGACAGCCGUACAGCUGCAACAGGUUCUGGAGAGAACAGCCAGCCUGCAAAUGGUGCAGAGUCUGCAGAAAGGCUCCCUGUGGAGGACUACCUAGUAUCAGAAGAAACAGCAGAUCAUAGUGGAGACUCAAGCGCAGAUCAACACUCUUCUGUGCCUGCUGAUGUUCCUGAAACACUCCUUCCUUCUUCUUUGGAAGCCUCUGCCACCAUGAUCCACUGCAGUGAUGAAGUCAACCCAGCAGAAAGCCUACCUGAGGGCAUGGCACAGUUUAGCCCUGAUCCUGAUUCAUCCUCCGACUCUUACACCCUCUUAACUCAAUCCCCUGAUGAGCCCCCAGCCUCACUGCUCAGAACAGAGACUCUUGGAUAUGCAGAGAUGGCACAGGGGGAAACUCUGCAUCUGCAAAAUGGGGAGGAGCUACACCUACAGGGAGAGGAGUUAGAACAGUACCCAAAGACAAGUGACUUAGAAAAGCAGACAGACUCUCGUGUGGAUGCAGAGGUCAUUGAGGAAAGGACAGUGCAGACGGGAGAGCAGGGAGAAUCAGAGGAGAGGAGGAAGAGGUCUCUCUUAGCAGCUUUGGAGCAGAUUGGAAGAAGAGAGGAGGAAGACGAAGAGGAAGAAGAAUUUCAAGUGCCACAGCGAGAAAAUGAUAGCGGGUUCUCAGUAAACAAGUGCAUCCUUGGUGCUGUUAUUCUGUUAGGUUUGGGCACCAUCUUUUUCUCAGGUGUUUUCAUGGACCUGGAUGAUGAGAGUGACUAUACCACACGGGAGCUGAAAGACACAGAGACACCUGGACAACAGGAGUGGCUUAAUCCCGACAUUCCUCCCCAUCGAGCAAAUGCUGAAGGUUCAGAGCUCUUAAAUAAGUUGGCUGAAGGGAACCAGCAGAUUUCUGUGUUACAAGCCCAACUUCAGGCACAGAAAGAAGAGCUAAAAGUGGCCAAGGGACAAGCAGCGGAGGGAUUGAAGGAGCGGCUGCACUGGGAGGAGGUGGAGAAGGAAAACAGUAGGUUGAAGACAGAGAUGGCAUCUCUCCCUUUCCUUCAGAAAGAAAACGACAGGAUGAAGAAAGAGCUGGAGUCUGUCCCGGCCCUACAGAAAGAGCUAGAAACACUGAGAUCCACUGUGACUGAAUUAAAACUCUCCUCAGCACCCAGUCAGACAGCCCAAGCACAUGUGAGAGCCUCUACAUCGCCCCCCACUGGCAAGCCAGAAGAAAACAGGCAGAGCACUGCUGGAGCUGUAGAGAAACAGACCGGGAAGCCAUGGGAUGACCAGAAAGAGAAAAAAUCUUUAAAGAGGGAUAAAUAUGAAAUUACUGACAAGAAACAAUGGAAAGAGAAAGAAAAAUCUAUAUGGAAGGAAGGAGAAAAGGAGGGUCAUAAAAAUGGUAAUAAAAAAGAAUGGAAGAAGACAAAACAUGAGCAAGAAAUGUUGGAAAAGAAGAAAGAUAAGGAAGUCAAGCAAAAGAAGCAUAGUGAUAACACAAAACAAUGGAAAGAGAAAGACUGGAAGAAAACUGGCAAAGGUGAUGAUGGAAAGUCUUGGAAGGAUACAGAAGGUGGGAGAGAGUGGGCAGAAAAGAGUGAGAGAAAACAAUGGAAGGAAGAUAGAGAAUGGAAAAAGGGGAAAAGUGACAAAAUUAAUGGAGACAAACAAUGGAGAGAUAAAGAAAUAAAGGACUGGCAGGGAGGAAAAGAUCGUGGUGAGAGGCACAAGAUCGGGGAUGAAUGGAAGGAGCAGAAGGAAUGGAAGAAAGUGAAAAAUGGCUUCAAGGAAAGUGGCAGAGAGAAGUGGGAGAGGAGAGACUGGAAUGAGAAAGGAGAGAAGAAAGACCUUGAUUGGAGGGAUAAAAACAUAAAAAAUCACGGUAAAGAGGGAAAAGGUCAGGGUGAAAGGAAGCAGCAGGAAAACAGCAAAAAUAAUCUUAAAGGAAGGUCCGGCAGAGACGAGAGGAAACACUGGAAUGAGUAUGAGUCAAAUAACAGAAAUGAAAAACAGGAUAACAAAUGGAAAAAGAAGGAUGGGAAGUUGGAUCAGUUGAAAAAGAAAGAGGAGGACUGGAGUAGAGGAGGACAGACAGAGAAACAGAAUAAUGGAGACUUGAAAAAAGAGAAAUCACGCUCAUUAAAAAAUGACAAUGAGAACAAAUUAACAGGUAACCAUCACCACAAAGAAGAGCAUCUCUAUGGAGACGGAAGCCCCCCUCACACACACCACAGACCUUCUGUGGAACAGCCUGAAUACUGGGCCCAGCAGAGAGAUCGCAUCCAGCACGAUCCCAGACCACCACAGCAGUGUGACUCCGUGGAGACCUGUGCUAAAACUGAGCGGCUGCUCCCUGUCCCCUUACCCGAGUUUGAAGCCAUCCUCCAAACCUAUCUCACCAAGGCAGAAGAGGCAGGCGUGGAUGAUUCCAAAAGAGAGGCGCUCAAAAAGCUUACCACUGAAUUCUUCAAGGACGGGAUCUUUGUGCACAACCAGCUGAGCUUUCAAGCCUUUGCUGAAGAUGUGGGAGAUAUUUUGGAAGACAUGGUUGAAGGGGUGAAUGGCGAAGACGAAGAUAGUGACAUAGAGGAUGAAAUGGAAGAGUUUAAAAGAGAAGUCAUGAAAAGGUUUUCAUUGCCAGGAGCAGGGGAGAAAGAGGAGAAAAUGAAAGGGGAAAGGAGGAAGGAGGGUGCACAAAGACGUGGCUGAUGGCGCGAUAGAAUUAAUGUGUUUAUGAAAAGCAGCUAAGAAGAGUCUGAGCAGAUAACUCAGAAGGAACCUUUUUCUUUUUGACCACAAACGCUUAAAGGUAUAUAUUUAUCACCUGUCAUUCUUUUGCAGGAUUCCAUAUCUUGUUGUGCCACUUUCAUGUAAUUGAACUUUUACCUGCACACAUGAACACACCUUCGUCUCAUAGGAAGCGUUUGCAUCUGCAUCUGCUCGUUUUUUUUUUUUUUUUUUCGUUUUUAUUUUUUCUUCAAAUGUUCAGAUAGAACCACAUAUUUAAUUUAAUAUGAUUGAGCAACUGCAGCCACUCUGAUUGUCCUCAGGUAUGAAAGUGAUUCCUCUACUUCUGCAUUCACUUCCUUUGUGCGAGAGAUUAAACCUGCAGGACUGAUUUGGAUGCUUUGACUGUGAGUUGUAGUAUUUAUAGUCUUAUUUAAACACUACACCUGUUCCUCUGUACCGUGCACUAUCUACUGCCUGCUUGUUCAGGUUAAUAUUUUUUUUUUUUUUUUUGUUAAUAUCUAGAAUACACCAUGUUUUUGUAUUGGUUGAGUCUUAAUGUUGGAUUAUCUUCAACAUCUGGUUAACCACCCAUUUUAUAGAUAAUCUCAACAUGGAUUACUGAGAACGUUUAGUAAAUGCUUCAUAUGAUUAGAGACGCUGGCACUGAUUUAAUUUCACUCUUUGUACAUUUUGCAUAAAAAAUACAUUAAUAACCUGCUGAAAUAUAUAAUUAAGUUAGAGAUUGGCAUUUUAUAGAAAAAUAAAUGUUGAGCACAUAUGAUAUUGACAUGUUGAACAUGUAUAUUUCUAUUCAGGUACAGAAUUCAUAUUGUGCACUAAGAUGUCCUUAAUUAUUGUUUGCCAAUGAAUGUAACAUUUAUUUAGGUUGAUUAGGAUUUUAUGGUACAAAUAGCAAAAUGUUUUCCAAAAUAUUCUGUUUACAUGCGGAUGAGCUGUAGGCUGCAGCAUUGUAGCUUUGUGGUAGCGUAGAGAGCUUUGAAUGUUGGGAUGUUUGCUCCUGUUACUGUCUUAAAAAUAAAAAAUUUAAUGCCUCCUUGUGAUGAAAUGA